AUAGAGGGAGGGGUGUUCAGCCGGUUUCUCCUCCCUCUCUGCUGCAGCGGCCAUGCUUCUGUCCUCCGCUUGUCUCGGUGCAUCCCGGUCCUCCUCCGGUGUAGCCUUCCUGCCCCCCCCGCUGCUGCAUCCCUGAUAUCCCGGGUUAGAGGACCGGCUGGCUCGGCUCGCUUCAUUACACGCCUGGAUUCACCGGAACGGAACGUACCAGAACAAUGCACCGGGGGGGAAGAGGAGAAAGCCUCCAUAGCAACACAACCGGUUUCACGGCAUUAUUGGGAUGGAGAGGUGUUGAGGAUGCUGGAAGUGUGAACCCCAGAAACCAAGCAGAUUACCAGGACUGCAAUCCAUCGUAAAUUGGGGAUGGAGGGGUGUUAAGGAUGCUGAAAGACAAAGUGUGAACCCCAAUGGUUUAAAACGGUUUUGGUUCUUCUAGUGGAGAAAGGACUGUUUGCAGUAUUAAACAAGGUUUGAUACCACUGGAUUUACAACAGCGUUACCUGAUCUCCAGACGGAUACUGGGACUACAUCUGCUACCCUUUUACUCGUAUUACACCUGGAUCUAAAACCACAUUUUGAGGACGACAACCAGAUGCUACUGGUUCUACAGUAGACUUAAUGGGAUUAUAAAACCAUCCGGGUACUAGAGGAGUUACGCUACUGGGUCUACUGGUUCUUGGAAGAUGAAUCUUAUGUAGCAGGGACUUUGUUGAACGCUACUGGACCAGUAUUCACCAUGUCUUUGAGUAAGACGCUCGAGCUGGAGCACUUCGACGAACGCGACAAGGUUCGCCGGGGGCGCUCCACCCGCACCAAGAGAGAUGACUCCACCCACAGCGCUGGCGGCGGCGGCGGAGGAGGCGGGUCUGGCCCCAGUUCCCGGGGCAGCAGCCUGGUCCCCAGCCCUGCCCACAGCGCCAACUGCAGCUACUACCGGACCCGGACCCUACAGGCGCUCACCUCGGAGAAACGGGCCAAAAAGGUCCGGUUCUAUCGCAACGGAGACCGGUACUUCAAGGGUCUGACGUACGCCGUUUCAAGUGACCGGUUCCGCUCCUACGAUGCGCUGCUAAUGGAGCUGACGCGCUCACUGGCGGAUAACUUGCAUCUGCCUCAAGGGGUUCGCACGAUCUACACUAUGGACGGCAGCAAGAAGAUCACCAGCAUGGACGAGCUGGGGGAAGGCGAGUGCUACAUCUGUGCCUCCAACGAGCCGUACCGAAAGGUCGACUACGCCAAGAUCUCCAUCCCGAGCUGGAAGCCAGGCGCCGGCGCCGGGGCGGGAGCUGCCGGCUCGGGUCGGCCCUCCACGGCGUCCACGGGGGUGUCGGCGAUCACCGUCGCUGCCGCCAUCACCGCCGCCGCCUCCGCCACUGGCAGCUCCUCCAAAGAACGCCCGGAAGGCCGUGAGUUUAGGGAGAGCAAAGACUACAUCAAGCCCAAGCUGGUGACGGUGAUCCGCAGCGGCGUGAAGCCUCGCAAGGCGGUGAGGAUCCUGCUGAACAAGAAGACGGCUCACUCCUUCGACCAGGUGCUCGCCGACAUCACGGAGGCCAUCAAGCUGGACUCUGGAGCCGUGAAGAGGCUGUACACGCUGGACGGGAAACAGCUGACCUGUCUGCAGGAUUUCUUCGGGGAUGACGACGUGUUCAUGGCGUGCGGGCCGGAGAAGUUUCGCUACGCUCAGGACGACUUGCUCACGCACUGCAGCAAAACAGCAGCUUUUGUUAACGAAUGCAGAGUCAAGGUUCCUCGCCCUGCCGCCCCCCCCAAAACUCCCAAGACCCCCAGCGGCUCCAGCUUCUCGUCCUCUAAGACUCCUUCUAAAGGUCUCCCCAGAACCAAGUCUCCAGGUCCAGCCAAUGAGGCGUCAGCAUUGCAGUCAGCUGGGAAGUCGUCCAGGUCCAGCCCGACCACCAGCCCCGGGACGCGACGCAGCCUCAAGGUGUCUCCUCGUCGUUCUUCCUCCACAGAUGUAAACGGAGAAGCUGAGCAGCCGGAUGAAACCACGGUGGAAGUGAACGGUAAUCGGUCCGUCUCUUCCUCCAUCAUCAACGAGAAGUACCGAGUUGGUAAAGUGAUCGGAGACGGAAACUUUGCCGUGGUGAAAGAGUGCGUGGAGAGGUCGACGGGACAGGAGUACGCUCUGAAGAUCAUUGAUAAAGCUCGCUGCUGUGGGAAGGAGCACCUGAUAGAAAACGAAGUGGCGGUGCUGCGGAGGGUUCGACAUCCCAGCAUCAUCGAGUUAAUCGAGGUGGAUGAAACGCCCAGUCAGCUGUUCCUCGUCAUGGAGCUCGUCAAGGGUGGCGACCUCUUCGACGCCAUCACCUCCUCCACGAAGUACAGCGAGCGGGACUCCAGCGCCAUGGUGUUCAACCUGGCCGGAGCCAUCAAGUACCUGCACCGGAUGAACAUCGUCCACCGGGACAUCAAACCGGAGAACCUGCUGGUGUGCGAGUACCCGGACGGCACUAAGUCUCUGAAGCUGGGUGACUUCGGCUUGGCGACGGUGGUGGAGGGACCGCUGUACACCGUCUGUGGCACGCCGACGUAUGUCGCCCCGGAGAUCAUCGCUGAGACUGGUUAUGGUCUGAAGGUGGAUAUCUGGGCGGCGGGCGUGAUCACCUACAUCCUGCUGUGUGGAUUCCCUCCGUUCAGAAGUGAGAAUAACGUCCAGGAGGAGUUGUUUGAUCAGAUCCUCAGAGGGAAGCUGGAGUUUCCGUCUCCGGACUGGGACGCCAUCAGCCUCCCGGCAAAGAUGCUGAUUAGUCAGAUGCUGCAGGUGAACGUGGACACUCGUUUCACUGCCGAGGAGGUCCUGUCACACCCCUGGGUGACGGAUGAGGCUCCUGUCGCUCCUGACACAAACACUGUGAUCAGUACUGAAGAACAGACUGGUGGAGACGCAAAGGAACCAGAGCAGGAAUCCCCAAAACUGGAAACCAAACAAGUUCCCUCACCUCUGGUUUAAAACACGUCCCCCCUUUCAUCGACUGGAAACUAAACACAACACUGCUUGUUUGAUCUACUGGAAACCCCAAAACGUUUCCACAUCCUCUGGUCUAGACUCGUCCAGGAAACCCGACAAGUUCCCCUUAAAUCUGGUCCAGACCUUGUCCUGUUUAGUCACCAAUAAAAACUGAAUGAGUUUCAUCACCUCCAGUGUAGAACGCGUCCUGUUUGAUCCUUUGGAAACCAAACAAGUCCCCCACUAUCCGGUCUAGGAAAGGAACUGUUUACACCUACUGGAAAAAACAUUAGUUCUCUUAAAUCGGAACCAGAACAACAACUAAUAUGGGCCAGAACACGUUCCUGUUUCUUCUACUGGAAACCAAACAAGUUCCCUCAAAUCUGGUCUGGAAUAUAUCUUGUUUAAUCUACUGGAAACCAAAUGAGUUCUGUUAAAUCUGAACCAGAACAACUUCCCGUUUUUCGAUUAUCAUAUACUGGAAACCAAACAAGUUCCCUCAAAAAUGGUCCAGAAUACGCCUCCUUUCAUAUACUGGAAACCAAACAAGUUCCCUCAAAUAUGGUCCAGAACACGCCCCCUUUCAUCCACUGGAAAACAAACAAGAUCCUUCAAAUAUGGUCCAGAACACGUUCCCUUUCAUGUACUGGAAACCAAACAAGUUCCCUCAAAUAUGGUCCAGAACACGCCCCCUUAUCCACUGGAAACCAAACAAGUUCCCCCAAAUAUGAUCUAGAACAUGUCCCCUUCAAACAAGUUCCCUCAAAUAUGGACCAGAACACGCCACCUUUCAUAUACUGGAAACCAAACAAGUUCCCCAAAGUAUGAUCUAGAACAUGCCCCCUUCCAUGUACGGCGAACCAAACAAGUUCCCUCAAAUAUGGUCCAGAAUACGCCUCCUUUCAUCCACUGGAAACCAAACAAGUUCCCCCAAAUAUGAUCUAGAACAUGUCCCCUUCCAUGUACAGCGAACCAAACAAGUUCCCUCAAAUAUGGUCCAGACCACGCCCCCUUUCAUAUACCGGAAACCAAACAAGUUCCCCAAAGUAUGAUCUAGAACAUGUCCCCUUCCAUGUACAGCGAACCAAACAAGUUCCCUCAAAUAUGGUCCAGAACACUCCCCCUUUCAUCCACUGGAAACCAAACAAGUUCCCUCAAAAAUGAUCCAGAACAUGUACCUUCUACUCGACUCCAAAUGAGUUUCCUUCUCAUUGUUUUUUAAAGAUGUUCCACUUUAUCUACUGGACACUGAACUGGAUUCCUAGGACACAUGCCGUUUGCUCCACUGGAAACAAAAUCAAGUUCGCCCUUGUUAUUUACAGUUUAUCUCCUGGAAACGGUCUUCGCCUCUGGUCUAGACCAGCAUAUAAUCUAUGAAGACUUUCACAAGUCCCGUCUCUGCUGCUGUACUGGAAAGUAUUUACGUUGUUUUUGAUGAGCUCCGUCGAGAGAGUUAGUUUUGGCUGAAUGAAGUCGCCUCACUGCUACUUCAAGGAUACGCACCGUAUCAACACAGGGACACCACGAAGGUACUAUUGGACACGUCCUGUUUCAUCACCCAGAGUCUCACGGGACUGGACACCUUUCCUGAAAAUGUCCCUUAACUCAGAGGCUCUGGAGAAAGGGACCUCAAACCACUUUCAUAAGGAUAUAAACAACUGAUUCAAACGUUCCCUCUGGUUUAGGGAUUAUUUCCACUGCAGUCCCUGCUGCUUGGCGACCAGGAUGUCUUCCAUUUAUUCUGGGAAAACGUCCCAUUUAUCCUGCCUUUACCCUUAAAGCUCUCCUUCCGCUGACGUGAAGGACGUUUCUCAUUUCUUCUACUUGGCGCCCACCAACCCAAGGAGAUAUUUUGAGUACUGUGCCUGUUUACGCUGCUGAUGAAUUCCUCUUCCUAUCCUAAAUCUCAGCCCCUUUUCCUUCCAUAGGUUCAGACCCCAGCACACGUCAUUGACCGUAUAGACGGAUGAGGCUCGUUGUUUUUGUUUUUUUUACAGAUAUUUGCUAAAAUUAACCUUUGGCUUUUGAAAAGGAGCAGAUUGGUUUAAAAUGGUAGUUUGACAUUUUGGGAUUUCCUUCUGGCCAAGAGUUGGAUGAGAAAAUCUAUACCACUCUCGUGUCUGUACAUAAAGCGUGGAGCUGAUUAGCCUAGUUUAGCCUAAAGACAGAUACAAAAUCCGCCUACCAGAACUUCUAAAGCUUGUUAUAGUUCCUCCUAAACUACAUUUUUACCAGAUUAUGCACCCAUAAAAAACCCUCAAAACAAUGAGCCUCGUCUACAUAGACUCAGUGUACUCCACUGAAGGACACUUCCUAUCACCCGUCUCCCGUCCUUCACCUAUUCCCCCAGCCUUCGUACUGUAACUCAAAUUAACUGAGUGACUUCUAAACCUCACAGUUUAUAAAACAAACAAAAAAACAUCUCACCGACCUUUCAAAGGUUUCUACCUGCAGUAUGACGGAGGUCCAAACCCCCGAGCUCGCUGCCUCUCCUCCCGCCCGCCCUGCAGUUAACGGAGGAUAAAAUAUGUUGUAAAUACUGUAAAUAUCACUCUUGUUUGUUGGUGUCUGUCUGUGUGAGUCAGUCGUGAAGUAGGGAAACAGUAGCAGUUAUGAAAAAAAAAAAAAAUACUACAAUGAAAAGAAAUAAUCUCAUCAUAGACAUGAUGCGUCAGCACUGCGAACAAACCUUGUUUUUCCUAAAAGAGACAGUUUUUUUAAUUAAAAAAACAAAUGAUCCACAUUGAUACUGAAAUAUUUUAAAAUGUACAGUGUUACAAAGUACAUUUACUCAAGUACUGUACUUGAGAACCUACCUUCAUGACACUUUAUACUACAUUUAAGAGAGCGAUAUCGUACUUUCUACUCCAUUACAUUUAUCUGCCGUCUUUAGCUACUUUUCAGAUUACGAUUAAAUCUGACAAAAAUGCCAAAUAAUUCAGGAUUUCAGCUUCUGAAAUGUGACGAUUCACUGCUUUUCUGUACAGUAAACUGAUGAAUUUUGAGAUUCGGACUGUUGGUCGGACAAAACAAAAACAUUUGAAGGCGUCACUUUGAGCUUUCCAAAUAAAACAAUCGAUUAAUCAAGAAAAUAA